GAUAAAUCAUGGACCGAGCAUCCAACCCUGGAUAAACUAUAUAAAUAAACACACUGCCUAUUAGGACACACCUUCUCCACAACUGCUCCUCCUGAAGUGAGUCCAUCAGAAUGUUACGUGCUCAUGUAUCCGCCUGGAUGCUCUCCCUGUUCCUCUGUGUCAUCCUUGACUCUGUGGAUGGGUCUGCCAUGCAGCCAUGUAAAAUCAUCAACCAAACGGUUUCUUUGGAGAAGGAAGGCUGCCCAACCUGCUUAGUCAUUCAAAGCCCAAUCUGCAGUGGCCAUUGCCUAACCAAGGAGCCCGUUUAUAAGAGCCCGUUUUCCACAGUGUACCAGCACGUGUGCACUUACCGAGACGUCCGCUAUGAGACCCUUCGCCUUCCCGAUUGUCCGCCUUGGGUGGACCCUCACGUCACCUACCCUGUGGCCCUGAGCUGCACCUGCAGCCUGUGUGUUAUGGACACAUCCGACUGCACUAUGGAGAGCCUGCAGCCCGACUUCUGCAUGAGCGAACGAGUGCUAGUGGAUGGUGACAUGUGGUGAAAGACCAGCCAGCAAGCCUUCCUGCGUAAUGAGAUGCUAUGUUUCACCUGUGCCACGUAAUGGCAUAUUA